GGUGAAUCAUGACCUCCAGCCGACAGGUGUCACUAUGACGACGCAGAACGCGGAAGUCUCUCUGCAGAAGCGCGCCAUGCGUAGAAGAAGAGUCGGGUCUUUCCUCUUGUUUGUCGGUGAGGCUAACGGGCUAGCUGCCUCUAGACUAUCCUCUAAAACACCGGCUAGUCAGCCCCAUACCGACUGUCUCAACCAAACGACCACCGAGCAGCUUGUUUAGUGUUUGCUUCAAGGAUAUAUAACCAGACUAGUAACUAAGCAACCGCUUUCUUUCCAUGUGAAGCGAAGGUGCUCCAGAGGGCUCCACAUAAACAGCGAACACAUCCAUACCCAGCCUGAUGAUGCAGGGAGGAAGGCAAAAUGUCCUGGAGGACGGCUUAGGCAGAGGCUUGCUGAACGCCGGACGGUUUUGCUUCAGCUGUGAGCAGAUAUUUGCAAAUCGAAAAUGCCUGGAGGAACACUAUUGCACUGCUGCAAGUCACAUCUGCUCAUGUGGAACCGAGUUUGUUGAAUACAAAGACAUGCUGGAACACAGCACUACACAUGAACCAGGACACCAAGUGCUUGAUCAUGAAACAAUAAAGAAGCGCAGAAUUGAGAAGCGCAUAGAAGAGGAACAGCAGCUGAAAAGAAUACACGCCGGCGAGGUUGUCUGGAAGGCGCCUAGAUUGGGCAGUGCGCCAUCAAUGUCUUUGCCAGCGAAGCCUUUGAUGCAGUCACCCUUUACAUCAGCUCGCAUGCCACAAGUUCCCAUGCAGUCUGCGCAGAUUUCCCAAGUGCCUCAGUUGCACCGCUCACCGUCACAAGUACCUUUGCUCCCAAAGCCCCGUGAGAAAGACAUGCAGAAUAUUUUUGCGGGUGUAGGUGCACCCACAGUGGAUCUUUGGACAGUUUACCAGCCUGUCGUGUUGUUGCGAACGAUGCGCACAUUUAAGAAGACAAAGCCUUACACAUGUUCUAAAUGUGGGCAGUGUUUUAUGACGGCGGCCACUCUCAUCGCCCACCACAGCUUACAUGUCACUGAUAAAGUUGCUGGCUGUAUAGGAUGUGGGCUGCUGCUCUCCAGCAAGAAGAUGGUGCCUCGCUACCAUGUUUGUAAGGGACCCAACACCCUAACUAGCAAAUUCAGAAUCAUCACUGCGAGACCGCUGAAUAUGAAGUUGCCAAAUGAAGUUAUGGCAGCGCGGAGUCCAAGUGUUCAUGGGUCUUGGCCCACUUCCCAGAAUCCCAGUGCAGCCACUAAAGGCAGUCGGGCACCUCUUAUGAUUUCCUCCCUGCAGUUGCAAAACCAGAAAAUGAGUACAUACAAUAAAAGCAAUCGGGGGCUUCAUGUCUCGCCAUCCCUGCAGGUGAGGAGUCCAACUCUCAGUGCGUUCAGUAAAAGCACUCAAGGGCGUCCUGUCACUCCCUCUGCGCUGUUGAAGACGCCCACACAAUCUGCAUCAGGUGUAUCGAGCAAACCAGUGCAGGCAUCCUCCGCAUCGAACGGGUACGCAUGCCGAGUCUGUUAUCUUCCUUUUGAAUCUGCUCAGCUGCUACAGAGGCACAAGUGUGCCAAAGCACAGGAGUUCAUGGCGACGCACGUGCAAGGCGGCAAACGGCAUUUCAAGCUGAAGAGGGUGACACCGGCGAUGAGCCCGUAUCCUGCUCAGAUGAAUGGUGAGAGAAAACUUGGGGUUCCAACUUCUGGCAACAUGAAGAUAAACCAAGUCAUGGCUAUCGGUCUGGACAAAGGGCAAGAGGCGGCUCCCGUGAAUGGGAAAACAGGAGCGAGUAUGGACGAUGAUUGUUACAUAGUUGAAAGCCGACCAGACAAACCCGCUGAGAUGAUUUACCAAGUAACCUCAUCGGUCCCUAUUAAGACUUGACAAAGCCAGAGAGGCACAUCCAAUUUGCAUGUCACAUUUUAUGUUAAUUAUGGACCAACUGCAUAAAGUCAGUGCUGUUCGAACAGCAUCUACUUGAAAAGGUUCAUUGUACAGGAACACAGCGCUUUCUGGCUUUCUCCAAACUAUUAAACAUAAAGUAGGGUAGGAUGACUAGUGACGGCAAACAUGCAUCUUAAUUAAGCUGGAUUUCUUUUGUCAGUACUGUAAAAAGUCCAAUAUCGGUGCCCCAUGCGAUUGUUGUAGAAAAUGUAAAUCAAUCAAGUUACCUUUCAAAAUGUAUGUGCAUGGUUUACCCAUGUUCGGCGGGAUAACCAGGCACUUUCCUAGUUUUUGUUGUUGUUUUUUUAAAAUACGUUUAGUAUGAUCUGAUAUAAUGUGUUGUGAGGCUGUUGAGAUUGACCACAAUACCUUAUCUGUUCUUAUCAGCUUUGUCAGACUUUAACUAUACAGUAUAUGUUGUAUUAAACUAUAUUUUCAAACUCAC